UAGCAACACAGAGCCGAGAGGGGAGGAGGAAAGAAGGAGAAGGAGGGCAGGGAGGUGGGAGAGACAGAGGGAGAGUGUGCAUACAGCAGCUGUCGGCAUCCCUGUCUCAGGGACUUCUUUGCUGAUUCACAGAGGCAGCCCAGCCCCGGCUUCCCAGCUUCCAGCUGCCGCCUGCUUCUCAGACCUGACGGAAUCAGAAGGUUAGAGCUGCUGUCACCACCCCUGCACCUCCUCAGGAUGGUGCUGGGGUUCCCUGCCUAAGCCUAAAGCUGUUGAACGGGUCUGUUGGUGCUGCUGGACCCCUAGAACCACCAGCCAUGAAUCUGUGUUGGAAUGAAAUCAAAAAGAAGUCUCACAACCUCCGCGCUCGCCUAGAGGCCUUCUCAGACCACAGUGGAAAGCUUCAGCUCCCUCUUCAAGAGAUUAUUGACUGGCUCAGCCAAAAGGAUGAGGAGUUGUCAGCUCAGCUGCCCCUGCAAGGGGAUGUGGCCCUGGUGCAACAGGAGAAGGAGACACAUGCGGCCUUUAUGGAAGAAGUCAAGUCUCGGGGCCCCUAUAUAUACUCUGUACUGGAGUCGGCUCAGGCCUUCCUGUCCCAGCACCCAUUUGAGGAAUUAGAGGAACCUCAUUCCGAGAGCAAAGAUACCUCCCCCAGACAGCGGAUCCAGAAUCUUAGCCGCUUUGUGUGGAAGCAGGCCACGGUGGCCAGUGAGCUAUGGGAGAAGCUGACAGCCCGCUGUGUGGACCAGCACCGUCACAUUGAGCGCACUCUGGAGCAGCUGUUGGAGAUCCAAGGGGCAAUGGAGGAGUUAAGCACUACUCUUACCCAAGCCGAGGGAGUCCGAGCUACUUGGGAGCCCAUUGGGGAUCUCUUCAUUGAUUCACUCCCAGAGCAUAUCCAGGCUAUUAAGCUAUUCAAAGAAGAAUUCUCCCCCAUGAAAGAUGGAGUGAAGCUAGUGAAUGAUCUAGCCCACCAACUUGCCAUUUCUGAUGUGCAUUUGUCAAUGGAGAAUUCCCGAGCCCUGGAGCAGAUCAACAUCCAGUGGAAGCAGCUACAGGUGUCAGUUGGCGAGAGGCUCAAGCAGCUCCAGGAUGCCCACCGGGACUUUGGCCCUGGGUCACAGCACUUCCUCUCCUCCUCUGUCCAGGUACCCUGGGAAAGAGCAAUUUCACCCAAUAAAGUUCCUUACUACAUCAACCACCAGGCUCAGACCACAUGCUGGGACCAUCCCAAGAUGACAGAGUUAUACCAAACCCUAGCUGAUCUGAACAACAUUAAGUUCUCAGCUUACCGCACUGCCAUGAAGCUCCGCAGAGUCCAGAAGGCCCUGCGCUUGGACUUGGUAACUUUAACCACAGCCCUGGAGAUCUUCAACGAGCAUGAUCUGCAAGCCAGUGAGCACGUGAUGGAUGUGGUGGAGGUCAUUCACUGCCUGACUGCCUUAUAUGAACGGCUGGAGGAGGAAAGAGGCAUCCUGGUCAAUGUGCCACUCUGUGUGGACAUGAGCCUCAACUGGCUCCUCAAUGUUUUUGAUAGUGGUCGCAGCGGAAAGAUGCGGGCAUUGUCCUUUAAGACUGGCAUUGCAUGCCUGUGUGGCACAGAAGUAAAGGAAAAACUUCAGUACCUCUUCAGCCAAGUGGCCAACUCAGGCAGCCAGUGUGACCAACGCCACCUCGGUGUCCUGCUUCAUGAGGCCAUUCAGGUGCCCCGUCAGCUGGGUGAAGUGGCAGCCUUUGGGGGCAGCAAUGUGGAGCCCAGUGUCCGUAGUUGCUUCCGUUUUAGCACUGGGAAGCCAGUCAUUGAAGCUUCCCAGUUCCUGGAGUGGGUCAACUUGGAGCCCCAGUCCAUGGUGUGGCUGGCUGUUCUGCAUCGGGUCACCAUUGCUGAGCAAGUGAAACAUCAGACCAAGUGCUCUAUCUGUAGACAGUGCCCCAUCAAGGGGUUCAGGUACCGGAGUCUAAAGCAAUUUAAUGUCGACAUCUGCCAGACCUGCUUCUUGACAGGCAAAGCUAGCAAAGGCAACAAGCUGCACUACCCCAUCAUGGAGUAUUACACGCCGACCACAUCCAGUGAGAACAUGAGGGACUUUGCUACAACUUUAAAGAACAAAUUCCGCUCGAAGCAUUAUUUCAGCAAGCACCCUCAGCGAGGUUAUCUGCCUGUGCAAUCAGUGCUGGAGGCUGACUACAGCGAGACGCCGGCUUCUUCCCCGAUGUUGCCACAUGCUGACACACACUCCCGCAUUGAGCAUUUUGCCAGCAGGCUUGCUGAGAUGGAAAGUCAAAAUUGCUCCUUCUUUAAUGACAGCCUGUCCCCAGAUGACAGCAUAGAUGAGGACCAGUACCUGCUGCGGCACUCCAGCCCCAUCACAGAUCGGGAGCCAGCCUUUGGGCAGCAGGCUCCAUGCGGUAUGGCCACAGAAAGCAAGGGGGACCUAGAGAAGAUCCUGGCCCACUUGGAAGAUGAGAACCGGAUUCUCCAGGGAGAGCUGAGGCGCCUGAAGUGGCAGCAUGAGGAGGCAGCCGAGGCACCAACCCUGGCUGAGGGCUCCACCGAGGCAGCACCAGACCACCGCAACGAGGAGCUUCUGGCUGAGGCCCGGAUCCUUCGGCAGCACAAGACCCGCCUGGAGACGCGCAUGCAGAUCCUCGAAGACCACAACAAGCAGCUAGAGUCUCAGCUGCAGCGCUUGAGGGAGCUGCUCUUGCAGCCACCCUCCGAAUCAGAUGGCAAUGGUUCCGCGGGAUCGUCCCUAGCUUCCUCUCCGCAGCAGUCAGAAGGCAGUCACCCCCGGGAGAAGGGACAGACUACACCGGACACAGAGGCUGCAGAUGAUGUGGGAUCAAAGAGCCAGGAUGUCAGCCUGUGCUUGGAGGACAUCAUGGAGAAGCUCCGCCAUGCCUUCCCCAGCGUGCGAAGCUCUGAUGUGACUGCCAAUACCCUGCUGGCCUCUUGAUGGAGCUAGAUCCCCAUCCUGUGGUCCAUAAUCCUCUCCUGGUUCUGGUCAAAGCCUUCCCUCAGCCUUCACCCGAACUUUCCAGUCCCCAUUGGCCCCUCAUUCCUCAAGCAGAGUUAUUUGGGCUCCUGGCAGCAGCAGGGAUCUGGUGGUAUGUGAGGGGUGUGUGUUUGGGAGGGGGGUGGUGGGGGAAGGGGAGGCAUGAUUUCUCUGACUCUAAAACGUUCCCUUUAAUCCUCAAGUUUGAGACCAGUCCUUUAAGUACCCUUCUUUUACAACCCAGGCAAAUGGCACUUGGCCAUUCAGAUGCGGAGCAGAGAAGCUGCCUUGCAGAGCUAAGUGGUGCCCAUUGGCCUCUUUUGCUUCUCCAUGGAAUUAUGGAGAGGGAGACACCUAAUGGCCCCAGGGUUCCAGCAUUACGAAUCCUUAGGUGUUAGCCCUACUCUCUGGCCCAACUCAGGGAGGCAAAAGGGUAUCCCUGAGACACCCCCCUCCAAAGUCCCCCUGAAAAAGUCUGGGCAGUGUGUGUCCUGUUACUUCGGUUUCAGGGAGAUCUCUAGCCAUCCUUAUGCUACCUAGGUGUUGUUUCUUCCUUGAAUAUUCUCAGUUCUUUCUGCCUCGGUACCUGGCAGACCUUCCUCAAUGGGGGUACAGUUCAUUCCAGUUCCUGCUUCCACCUUACAUUUGGAAACAUUAAAGAAAUACUUAUAUGGGUUUAAUUUUUGCCCCCACUCCCAACCUCUUAUAUCCUGAAGGCCUCAACAUCCUGAGAGACCUGCUGAGUUGCUCUGGAAACCCAGCUGAAGCCACCCUUUGUUCCUGUGAGUCUGUCCUUACAGACCCGGGGAAGGAGUAGCAGCUUGCUCAGCCAGGUGUUCUUGCUCUCCCCACGUGAGGAAGGGGAAGAGACCCUCUAGCCUGAAGGAGUAUGACUCCCUAUCACUUUUCCAGACUGUGACCCUUCUAGCUCUUAGGCUGAAUCAGGUGAAGUGGCUGAUUUGCAACAGGCCACCCUAAGUAGCGGCCCCUCCCAGUGACCAUGAAUCAGGAAGCUGGCCACUUUCCACCCAGACAACCAGAAGGCCUUCCUGUGCCUAAAACUGUUCUUUCUAACUCUGGAAGGUGAACCCAAUCCUCAAACUGAGCUAAUUCUUCCUAGGCAACAUAUACCAUGAUCCUUUUAUCCAAAAACUAUUCAGAAUAGAUACUGAGGGGUGGGAGAGUGGGCUUGAGAACUUUGAACAGAUUCAGAGCCCACUUAGGCAGCUCUCUACCAAGAGGAGCUUUAUAACCUAGAGCCCUGCAGUCAACUUAAUUUGCCUAAGUUUAUAUACAUACAUAUCUAUUCUACAUAUCUACUGUACAUCAGUGCUCUCCUGGCCUCACUCACAAAUUAAAUUCUAUUACCUCUUGAAGUACUAAUGUUCUGCCUUGCUCUUUGUUAGCCCCAGCCUCUGGUUGGAAGAUAUAUGCAUCCUGGCUGCUCCCUUAGGUUGUCUCUCUCCAUUGAUGCUUGGGGUGGGCUGUCCUCAAGAACAAAGCAACAGAAGCAUGUGGCCCCAGAGGAAUCUAACAGGAAGAGUCACUCUGUUCUCUUCACUCAUUCAAACUUUUGUUCCCUUGAGACCUGGGCCUUGGAUAAAUUUUUCUGGGCUCCCCUAAACAAUGGUUCAGGUACCCAAAUAGAGCAAAUCCAAGCUCUAUGCAACCCAUGCAGAAGAGAAAGAAUAAAUAGGCUUUUAUUAGCUUUUGCCGGACUACAACACAAAGUACGUUCUCUGGCCCCUUCCAGUUCCUAAGGUCUGACUCAGGGCCUUAAUGAAAGCAGAGGUUGUCAGGAAGAUCAGGAGGGAGGGAGUGAGACGGUUGGGGUGUUGUGUUAUAAUCAAGCAGUGGGCCACUGGGUAGAACUGCUGGGAACCUAGAUUUAUGUGCUGCACGGGAGGCAGGGCAGCAGCUUUGUCCAGAAGUUUGGGGUUGCCUCCUCCCCCAACUCUAAGCCACAGGUCCAGGGUGUCAGACUUCAUAUCACAACAUCUACCUUAGUGUUCAUGAGGUCCCUGUGGGAGAACUGGGUAUCUGGAUAGAUGGUGAGCAAGUGGUAAGCAGGUAUCAGUCUGAUAAACUGGGCAUCAGUCAGAGUGGGGGCGUAUUUGUAGGGGCCUAAGUUUUGGGCAGGAAUGUGGGACAGAGGGCUCAGGGACCUUAAGGCAUAAGCCUACGUGAGCAGAUAUUAUGGAGCAAUCUUUUACCAGGAAAGUCCUGGAAAGUCCUUUCUGUUACCCACAUCCCACCCAAGAGCUCUCGGGCUGCUGAGGGCCUAUGGCAACUGCAGUGGGCCAGGCAUGGUAGAAAAGAUGUAGAUCUCGUUAUGUAGGAUUCGUGUUGUAGGUGGACUGAAGCUGCAGGUCAGAAGUCGAAUUCUCACUAAGAGGGUCACUGACACUUUGUGGUCCUGUGUUUACCUUAAUGCCUGAGGUGAGCAUAUCACUCAGGGGUACAGUGACAGUCACUGCAGCAUGUAUGGGCAGUGUGCCCACAGUGAGGUAAAUGGAUCCUUGGGCGCUGUGAAUCCAAAUUGGGGUUGAAUGUACUGAAUUGUGUUGUAUAACUUUUGGCAUCUGUUGUGUAUCAUGUCACCUAAAGGUAUUAUGUGUGGCACUGUGUAGUUUUGGCCCUGCACUAGAAGGGUGGUGAAGGGAGUUGCCGGGUUGGUAGCCUAAGGAAAACCUUCUGACUUGUAGGAUUAGCAUCAGUGAUAAGGAACAUGAGUGCUUGCUGGGGUUGUUGUCAAAUAGUAUCAGGAAGCAGUUAGGACUGAUAGUCGAUUUAUUCUUGGCAGAAUUUGAUAAAGGCCAAAAAGCCAUUACGAGGAUACCUUUGCUUCCACCUGGAGCAGAGUGGAUCCACGUUGACUGGGGAUCAUUAGGGAAGGCUGACUGGCUGAAGCACAUCAGGCUGUGAUAUGGUUCCCUAGAGAGAGUCCCACCCAGGAGGUCACGUGCCCUUUCCUCCAGAUUGGGAAGGCUGGAAUCAAGGCUCUCAAGUGCUCAUUUUCUUCAAGGCCCAAAGUUGGGAAAUACUUCCCUACAGAGGAGCCUGUUUGAGUUUACGGUGCUCCAGGAACUGGGCUGACAAGCCACAGUAAUGAUAAACCCUGAGGCCAGGCAGAGGCCAAUUCUAGGAGAUGUUUUCCCUCCAGAUUCAUUUUAAGGAAUGCCCGUGCUACCAGGGGAGUGUCUGGGGUCUGGGCUCCAUAUCCAGCAUCAGGCUAGAGCAUUCUUUGAAUUCUUAUUCUCAAUGGAAGAGUUAUGGCCUCUGGGACUAUUUCAGGCCAAGAAUCCCAUCCAAUUUCUCUUGAUGUAAGUGACAUAUAACCAAGAAAACAGCUGCCUUAACACAAACAAUUAGUUCUGGGAGAGAAACUGGGGGCUGUGUCCUAGGGCUGUGGAGAUAUAGCUCCUCAGCUAGGCAGCUCCCGUGGGAACAAAGGAAUACUUCAGCUACUUCUCACUCUUGUAACACCAAUGGCUGUGGGAGAGGGAAAGGCUCAAGGCCAGGGCUCAGCUCCCAGCCUCCAUCUCCUCCCACAGCUGCCAUAUUUGAGAGGCGACCUGCUAAAUGUCCUUGCUGUCCCCUGGGCAGUAUCAAAGCCAGACCGAAGUCUGUUAUGCUGCUUGUUGGCUGCAAAAACUGGUCACAAGCAUGAGAAUUGGGGAAGGUAUUCAGGGGAAGUAACAGGGUAGCAGCCAAGUCUAGAAAAGUUUGGGAUGAAGGGGCAGGGUUGGGAACAAAUUGGUUAACUUUGAUUGCCACUCACUGUGGUGCUUUUCACCUUUCCCUUGAAUUCUGCUUUGAAAAGAAUAAAUUUGUAUUUGUUU